GGCCAUCACCCAAAAAACGGUCUUCCCAGCUACACUUCCACUUAACUACAGCAGAUGGCAGUGUCGCUGCUGACUGCCCUUCAUCGGUUCCAGUCCCACUGAAGAUGAAGAACCAGCCCUCCGUGAAGCUAACAGCUAACAUCCGUGAAGUAAAAAGGGAUGAAAGCUUAUGACGGCCGGCUCAUGCGACAGGCAAACCAGGUUAAAGUAGCGGCUCGGCGUGCGGAGCUAUGGAGAAAAGCUUCGCUCAGUGGAAAAAGCAGUGCCUGAACAAAGCGGACCUGAGUAAGAAGGGCGCCGUGGACGAGGCCAUCGAGCACGUCGUGUCUCUGCUCAACAGCCGGGAGGAGUACUUCACCACCAGCUCCUGCUCUGGGAGAGUCAUCCUCAUCGACGGGGCUCCAGAGAGCAGUGCUGUCCAGAAACAGAACUGUGCCUGGCUGUUUGUCUCACAUCACAAGUGUACCUCAGAGGACCUGCUGUCUGCUCUGGCCGGGUGCUCCGGUGAUGCUGUGUUGAAGUUUGAGCCCUUUGUACUCCAUGUUCAGUGCCGGCGGCUGGAAGACGCACAGCUGAUGCAUUCAGUGGCCAUCGACUCCGGCUUCAGGAACUCAGGCCUCACUGUCGGCAAGAAGGGAAAAAUCAUCACGGCAGUCCGUAGCACCCAUGGCCUGGAGGUUCCUCUGAGCCAUGAUGGAACGCUCCUACUUCCACAGGAAUACAUCACCUAUCUAACACAGGUAGCCAAUCAGAAGAUGGAGGAGAACCAUAGAAGGAUAUCCAGCAGGUUCUACCAGAACCUCCACUCAGCCCUGCUAACAGAGAAACUCCAAAGAGUCCAGAUCCAAGAUCCUCAUGAUGCUCCGGAGACAGAAAAGGGGACAGACGAAGAGGAGGAAAAGGAGGAGAGGAAAAAAACUAGUGUAUAUAAACGGAGGCGAAAGAGGGAGCAGCAUGAGACAGACGGUUGCCAUGGUGAUGGGGACUGUAGUGUGCCAGGGCUAGAAGACUGUCUGGAUCUGUUCACGUGAACUAAUGGCUCAGUUUCACAGACUGGUUUCACUGGAUUCUAGAGUUUCCAGUUUUCAGUUUUAGAGAUUGCUAGUGUUGCAGUGAUGAUGGGCUUUCAUCACUGUGAUCACCAUGGUAACAACGACAUUAAAGCAAAUACCAAAACAGAAAA